AUGAGAUCUAUAUUCAUAUUCACUUUUAUUUGCCUGAUAUGCUACAUUCUUCCGGGCUCUGCGGUGCCUCUAAACGAACGCGAUGACGAAGUUACGCCGUCGCUCGUCCAAACCGAUUUUUUCAAAGCUUUUCAGCCGUUGCCGGAAACUCCAACAAAUGUUGUUCGCAGUUACACCUUCGAAUUAAAGAAAGUUCCAUUGGCAAUUGAUGGUGUUUCCCGCCUGGUAUGGGCUGUGAAUGGACAGUAUCCGGGACCUAUGAUCCGCGCGAAUAAAGGCGAUACGUUCAAUAUCACGGUGAUCAAUAAAUUUGGCGAUCCAGCUACAAUUCACUGGCAUGGUCUCGAUCAAAAAGGCUCCAAUUGGUAUGAUGGAGUUCCCGGGAUCACGCAGUGUCCGAUUCCAAACGGAGUGACCUUCUCAUAUGUAUUCAACCUUACCCAAUCGGGAACUUAUUGGUAUCACUCUCAUUUCAUUGCUCAAUAUGUUGACGGCUUAAAGGGACCUAUCGUCAUCUAUGACCAGGAUGAUCCGUAUAAAAAGGACUACGACUACGAAUACGUGUUAGAGGUGUCCGACUGGUAUCACAAGCCGACCGGCGAUUUUUUGCCAGAGUUUCGCAGUCCAACUUACUUCGCGGCCGACCCAUUCCCUGACUCUGGGGAAAUUACUGGCGUCGGGCAGUGGAACUGCACUAUUCCGACAUGCAAACCCACGAAAUUUGCCACCUAUAAAGUCACAAAGGGUAAAAAAUAUAGAUUCCGAAUUAUUAACACGAGUGCCAUGGCCCAUUUCACGAUUUCCAUUGACAAUCACCCACUCAAGAUCAUCGAAGUCGAAGGAACAAUAGUCGAACCGGUCACUGUUGAAGUGCUCUCGGUUAACAUUGCUCAACGGUAUUCUGUAAUCGUUGAUGCAAAUCAACCGAUCGAAAAUUACUGGAUUCGUGCAACUCUUUCGAAUUGCAGUUUACCGGGUCAAUUUCCCCUAACCAUCAAUUAUAACGAAACAAAAAUAUUUCAAAACAUGAACAUCACUGGCAUUCUGAAAUACGAAGGAGCACCGGACACUCUUCCCACCUCCCAGGCAUACCCCGCGAAUGAAUCCGAUUGCACGGAUCAGGAUCCUACCACCUUGAAACCCAAAUCGUUAUCCCCAUCGGUACCAACAGGCAAUGCUACACGCAUUCCUCUUUUAAUUGAAAUUGUAGGUGUUCCGCAGUUGGAAGCAACGAUCAAUAAUUCAUCGAUAGUUUUGGACUUCUCCUAUCCAUCCAAUAAAAAGGUUAUUGAUGGAGCCGGGUUCAUUACCUCCGAUAACGCGUAUGCUUACGAUAAUCCCGGUGGUGCGAUUGAGAUUCUUUUAAUGAAUACCGAAGGCAGAACUCAUCCUUUCCAUUUGCACGGACACUCGUUCUGGGUAGUCGCCGAAGGAAUUUUUAACCAAUCACUUGACACUUUGAAAUACAACUUUGAUAAUCCAAUUUACCGUGAUACCGUAACCGUCAAACCAUUUGGUUUGACAGCGAUCAGAUACUAUGCGGAUAAUCCGGGUGUCUGGUUGAUCCAUUGUCACAUCGAAUGGCACGUCGAAAUGGGAAUGGUUGCUCAACUAAUCGAGAAUCCUAGUGUGUUCAACAAAUCCUCUAUUCCGGAAGCAGUCUUGGGUCUUUGCGAAGCAUUCGAUAAUGGAA